GGGAGGGUCUCCGGCCUCGCCCCGACUGAUGCUCGUUUCCCUCCCGUGGUAGGUGGCAGCGCUGGUACCCGGCACCUCCGCUGCUCUCACCUCAACAUGCUGUACCUGGUCGGACUGGGCUUGGGGGAUGCCAAGGACAUCACGGUGAAAGGCCUGGAGGUGGUGCGGCAGUGCCGCAGGGUGUACCUGGAGGCCUACACGUCCGCCCUCACUGUAGGGAAGGAAGCGCUGGAAGAGUUUUAUGGAAAAGAAUUGAUCGUGGCUGAUCGAGAAACAGUGGAACAAGAAGCAGACAGUAUUUUAAAAGAAGCUGAUGCUUUUGAUGUUGCUUUUCUUGUGGUCGGUGAUCCCUUUGGGGCCACAACACACAGUGAUUUAGUACUACGUGCAGUAAAACUGGGAAUUCCAUACAGGGUUAUUCAUAAUGCUUCAAUAAUGAAUGCAGUGGGCUGCUGUGGUUUACAGUUGUACAAUUUUGGAGAAACAGUUUCUAUAGUUUUCUGGACAGAUGCAUGGAAGCCAGAAAGCUUUUUUGACAAGAUCAAGAAGAACAGGCAGAAUGGAAUGCACACACUGUGCUUACUUGACAUUAAAGUGAAGGAGCAGUCUCUGGAGAAUCUAAUGAAAGGAAGGAAGAUAUAUGAACCACCACGCUACAUGAGUGUGAACCAAGCUGCAGAACAGCUUCUUACCAUUAUUAGAAAUAGGAGGCUCCAAGGAGAAGACCCAGAUUUGUUCAGUGAAUUCCUGCACCCUCCCUCCCCGCCUGUGCAGCCUUCAGAUGCCGUCCUCCACUGCAGAACUGCAGGCCUGGCACAGCGUGAGCAAUGCGAGUGCUGGAGUGAGCUGGAUGGGGCUGCCAUGCUGAAGGCCACAGGAGAGGGAUACAGAACAGUGUAGCUGCAUUCCCAGGAAAACUGAAUAGGGUCAGAAACCAGUAAGAGAGACAAAGAAGGGUUUGAAGACUGGGAUGUGCAUGGAAGAACGGGACUGUAAAGCUUCAAAAUGGUACAUGGCUUUUUACUACUAUUAUUUGUUUAUACUCAAUUUUCAGUUCCAGUUACAAGCUAAAGUGAACAGACCUAAGCUUUGUUCAGUCUAACAAUCAUGUUUCUGCAUCUCAACUGAUGCAUCAAUUUAGCAGUUAUCAGUAUUUUCAUGUGGAAAGAGAUCAGAAUUUGGAUACCAUACAGAAGCAACAGAAAGGAAUGAAAGAAACAGUUCUUCUCUAUCAUGAUUUCAGCAAUAUCAUAGUAGCAAACAGUUUCUGCAAAUGAAUCUUAGAUAUUUUCAUAGUGCCUAGCACUUACUACACAGACAUUGUCAGCUUCAGAGGGCCUUGAUUUCAGUACUUCCCCAUAUCGACUGCCAGAAGAAUACACCUAAAAUCCACACCAAUCAGUUGCAACUAUGAUUUUUCAUAAGAAUGCUUUCAUCUUGUUUUACUCUACAAUGUUGUUUGUAAAAUGUCCAUUUCUAAAAUCUUCCAUUACCAAGUUAACUACUACAAUUUCAGAGUCAUCAGCUGUAAUACCAAGUCUAGCAGAUUGUAUUUGAAAAUACCACUAAAAUAUAAAAUGAAAGUAAAUGCUAGAAAAGUAUGAUUGACUAAUGUUUCUGGAAAAAAAAAAUACUGCAUUGAGAAAACAGACAAGGUUACAGUGGGACAGCUAAAAUCAAAAAUAUCAGACUUGUCAACUUAGAAAAGCAUAAUUUUAAAUAAUGUGAAAAGUGACCCUUAUUUCCAUUUCAGAAUUCUCCACUAGGAACACUUAUUUUUAAUAUUUGGAAGAGCAACAGUUACCUCACCAAUCUAUAAUAAAAAUUUCUACAGUCUAUUAAAAUCAAGGAGACUAAGUUUUCACACAACUUAGUGAUUAAAUUCUUUUCUUUUCCCUGCUCAAUUUGGAAGAUUAAAAAGCUUUAGGCAUUGCUUUUGUCACCAGCAUCUUACCUCAACUGCUUGGUCUUUUGGUGACUAUGAACAUGGGUAGCAUCAUGUAAUGUUUCAUUACUGUAACAGGAUAAAGAAACUUAGGAAUUGAAUUUAAGUCUAACACUUUGACUAAAAUAAUUUCCACAUGAGAUGUACCACAAAGUAUCCAGUUUGUUUUGGAAACAAGCCUCUUCACAAUAGCUUUGCCUUUUACAUUUAGCAUUUAGAACCAUAUUUUUUCUGUUUGGUAAGACACAAGAGUAAUGAAAGUCUAACAUCUACAGUUAUGUAAGUACACAAAAAACCCACGUACAUCACUAGUAAAUAUUAGACUGCAUACAAGAUAUAUUUGUAAAAGUAAUGAAACCCUCUGAUGUUCCAUACCUAUGCUGGCAAAUACUUCUGAUAUAAAAGGCACUUUGAAAACCCAAUAUGGUUUGGUUCAUUAAGUUUGCAAAGUACAAACAAUUGUACAAACAGAAUUACAUUGAAGCAUGUCAGCCAUUGUGACAUUAUGUACAAAACAAGUUUCCAAUUUUUGAUAACACUGGUUUUAUGGGAAUGAGCAGUGGUUUCAGCAGCUUCAUUGAAGACAUGACAGGGUUUCCAGUACCACAAUGUUAGUUUCCUAUUGGAACAAACCUAGUAAGUAAAAAAAAGACCCCACAAAAAACUGACAAGUUUAGGGGCCACAAAAUGACAACACCCAAAGUCUAUGACAUUCAUUCAAUAUUUACU